AUGCGCACUUUUGUCUCCGCCUUACUGCUUGCGCCGCUCGCCGCGCUCGCAGCACCGGAUGUCCUCGCGGAUUUCGAGCCUGCCGCUGCGGCACAAGUUCAGCCCAACGCAUACGAAGCAAUGGACAAAAGAUCGCCCGCAGAUGGUCGUCUCGAACUCUUCAAGAGGCAGGGCAAUAACUGCGCAAACUCGUACUUUGCCUGCGCCAAUCUGGGCGCACCAGGCGUCUGCUGCCCACGGACAGCCGUCUGCUCAGCCGACCAAAGGGGUCAGGUAGCCUGCUGUCCCCAGGGCGCUGCUUGUACAGGAGCCAUUGCCGUCCCUACGGCCAACCCCACGGCCACGUCGACAGUUCCCUUCGUCAUCGCAUCUACCACAACCAAUGGCCCGUUCGUGCAACAGACCAACGGCGCAAACCACGGCAGCACGGUACAAAACCAAUUCUACCCUUUUCCCUACAUACCGACGACUUACACCAAUGCAGCUGCCUGCUCGUCCGCUUAUACAAGCUGUCAAAAUGAUGCUGCAAAGUGUACGGCUGCUCUAGCAAAUGGCGCGGCUGGCGUAACGAUAUCGGCGCCGAACGGCGGGGCGACGAUUACGGCUAUUCCGAGCGUGGGAAUUCAGUCGGCACAGAGCAUCUGCUCGAGUCUGAGCAGUCUGGGCUGCUCCCAGCUGACCGUUGAGGCGUGUGCACGAUUCGACGGGGCAGGUGGAGGAAAUGCCGCAGCGAGAGCACAGUGUGCAGGCUACUGGAUGACGGCGGGAGUGGCUGUGGGAAUAGCAGGACAACUCCUGCGAUGA